AUGGCCCAUUUAGGGUUUGCUUAAGUAAAAAAGAAUUCGUAUUAGAUGGCAAUGGAAAAGAGUAUUCUGGCAAAUCUACUCAUAUUAAAUUUUGAGUAUAAUUUGAAAAUGGCAUUUUUAAGGAUGAUGCAAGAAAUUAAAGAUCAAAUAGCGCCCCAAAAAAAGAUUAUAAUAAUCGAUUUUUAAACAGGUUUAUAAGUAAAUAAUAAUGAUUAAUUAAAAAGCAUCAAAAUUUAUUCCUCUAAUGUGAAAGUUGGUGCAAAUAUUACUAUAAAUUUCUUUAAAGGAUAUCUAGACUUAGAAAAUAUAGACGAUUAACAAGCAGCAUCAUUGAUGCUUAUAUUCUGUAUCUUAAUUUCGAAAGUGAAAAAACUUUAUUUUUCAAAGAAAAAAAUAAAUCGAUAAAAUAUCAACAGGAUCCUAUUUUUACCAACUACUUUGACUACUAAUUUUGGAAGAAACUGUACUGAUUAACAUGCAAAGAACAUCUUUGAAGCUGAAUUACUAUAAUUUUAAGAUCUGAAUUAUGACUUAAAAAAAAUAUACUCAUAAAUAGGUAUGCCUGUAACAAGAAAAACAAUCAUUGGUAUUUUCUACUUUUAGAUUUAAAACAGAAUAGUUGUAUAAUUUUUGACUCUCUAUAAAAGCCUACUGAUCAGAUGAACGUCGAUUAACAAUUAAUUCUUGCUUUUGAAAAGUUAUUAAAAUAAAGCAACUUAAAAAGUAGUUCUCUAGUUUUUCUGGUUAGUAAACUGACGGUUAUUCAUGCGGAUAUCAUGUUUGCUCAUUCAUGA